CCAGAGGUGGUUGUGCCUGUCACUGUGACUUCCCCUAAGCUCUUCCACCUAGUCCUCCACUAUGUCAGCCUGGGCUCAAAAAACUCUAAAGGGAAGAUCUCAAUUGCUGAGGGAAAACAUUUUGGCACUAAUUAUACUUCACUUUAUGGCUGUUUUUGUUUAUUAACUUCCAUUUUUCAGAACGAAGUGAGGAUAACUUUGAAUGUGGAAAACUCAAACCUCUCCUUAUUUCGCAUUAUCCUGAGAUAUAUUAACGCUGGAGGUGAAACGUUAUCUGGCCGCAUAUCUGCUUAUCAAUCUCGGCCUGAAACAGGGGCUGCUCAGAGCAAAGCGUUUGUCUUCCCACCCAGCAAGGAGCCAGCUUUCGUCACAAUCCCAGGAGAAAGCUCCAUGGAGCCUUUCUCACUGGUUCCAGGCAUGUGGACUGUCAGUAUAAUGGCAGAAGAAGUCCUCUUGGAUUAUAUGGUGCUGUUACCUAGCGAUUACUACGAAGCAUCCAUCUUGCAGAUACAAGUUACAGAGCCUUGCACCUAUUCAGGACACGCUUCAACAGAGCACUGCUUGCUCUAUCAGCAUUUGCCACUGGGCAGAUUUUCCUGUGUCCUUGGAUCAGAAGCAGCAUAUUUCAGACAGGGGGGAGAAUACAGAAGAAUACCUGUGCGACAGCCAACACCUGAUCAACCAGCGAUGUCCCAUAUCAGUGGAAGAGAGGUGGAUUUGCAGAUUACCAUAAAUGUUCCUCAAGUUGGUCGCUAUGUUCUGGUUUUUGAAUAUGCCAAUGAAGAGGAUCAGUUAUACACUGCCGAGGUGAUAGUACAUAGGCCUGGACCUGACACUGAAGGCAGAGUGAGAAUAUACAGUUGUAAAUACAGUUUCCUUUGUCGCAGCUUUGUAGUCGAUGACAGGAAUCGCAUUGCAGUCUAUGACCUCCUGGCAGAUACAAACAUCCAUCUUAAGGCAUCAUCAAUUAAUUUUCUUCUGCACAAGGUUUGUAUUAUUUCAGCCGAAGAAUUUUCUCCAGAAUAUGUGAAUCCUAAAGUACAGUGCAUAGCUGCUUACAAGAGCACACAUGAUGGAAGUGCAACAUGCAUUCCGUCAGUGUACGAAACUCCACCAGCGGCUUUGGUUUUGGAUGCAUUCAAGGAUGGGAAAAUUUCUGAGGUGUGGAGAAAUAUACCGUAUGACCCACCGAGUGCCCCUUUACCUCCUGACCAGGUUAAUAGAGUCACCUUGACGCCGUUACAGAACCAGAUUACCUUGAGCGGCAGAGUGCCCCGCUUGGGCAGAUACGUAUUUGUGGUACAUUUUUAUCAGCCAGCACACCCAGCGUUCCUCGUGCACGUGCGUGUGGAUGCGGGACAUGUGUGGUUGGGUUCCUUCAAUGCUUCAUUCUGCCCUCAUUCCUCUGGCUGUCGAGAUCAGGUGAUUGCAGCAAACCAAAUUGAGCUUUAUGUUUCUGAACCUGAGGUCUCUGUUACAGUGAUGAUACCUGAUGGAAGAACUCUGGUUCUGGAAAAUGUCGUAGUUGUUCCAGCAGAGACCUACAGUUACAAAAUUCUUGACAAAAAGACAGUGGACAAGUCAUUUGAUUUUAUCAGCCAAUGUGGAGGAAACAGUUUUUAUAUUGACCCAGAAGGAUCAUCGGCCUUCUGUAAGGACUCUGUAAGGUCACUAGUGGCUUUCUACAACAACGGAGCCCUGCCAUGUAAUUGCCAUAGCGCAGGUGCCACCAGCCCUGCUUGCAGCCCCCUGGGAGGACAGUGUAUUUGCAGACCUCAUGUCAUCGGUCGCCAGUGCAGCCGAUGCCAAACCGGCUACUAUGGAUUUCCAUUCUGCAAGUUGUGCAACUGUGGGCAGCGUCUUUGCGAUGAUGUGACUGGUAGGUGCAUUUGCCCUCCACGAACUGUGAAACCAAAAUGUGAAGUGUGCGAGAAACUUCACUUCAGCUAUCACCCCCUUGCUGGCUGCGAGAGCUGCAACUGUUCAGAAAAGGGAGUCGUUAAUGUGGCAAGCCCAGAAUGUGGAAAAAACAAUGGGCAAUGCAAAUGCAAACCAGGAAUAAAAGGACGGCAGUGUGAUCAGUGUGCUCCUGGUACUUACGGUUUCCCCAACUGCGUGCCGUGUAACUGUAACAGGGAUGGAACAGAAACGGAUGUUUGCGAUCCUCAGACAGGAAUUUGUAUCUGUAAGGAGAACAUUGAAGGUGCAGAAUGUGAUGUUUGCCGACCAGGAUCCUUUUAUCUGGACCCUUCUAAUCCCAGGGGAUGCACCUCCUGCUUUUGUUUUGGGGUAACCAGCAACUGUCGCAGCACAAAUCGUCGUCGAACCAAGUUCGUGGACAUGAGAAACUGGCGCUUAGAGGCCGUGGAUGAAAAUAUUGACAUUCCAGUCACUUUCAAUCCAGUCAGUAAUAGUGUAGUGGCUGAUGUUCAAGAAUUGCCUGCUUCAGUGCAUAGUUUGUACUGGAAAGCACCGCCAUCUUACCUGGGAGAGAAGCUUUCUUCGUAUGGUGGUUUCCUAAGUUACCAGGUGAAAUCUUUUGGCUUACCUAGCGAGGGCAUGGUUCUUCUGGGUAAGAGACCUGAUGUACAACUAACAGGCCAACAAAUGAAAGUUGUUUAUAUGGAUCCCAACAACCCACUGCCUGACCGUCAAUAUUAUGGCCGUGUGCAGCUAGUUGAGGGAAACUUCAGGCAUGCCAGCAGCAAUAACCCCGUGUCCAGAGAAGAACUGAUGGUAAUCCUGUCUAGACUAGAUGGCUUGCACAUCAGAGGCCUUUACUUCACGGAGACUCAGCGAUUAACACUGGGUGAGGUUGGGCUGGAAGAAGCCACCAGCACAGGAAGCGGCAGCAUUGCACACAGCGUAGAGACAUGCUCCUGCCCUCCGGAGUACGUGGGUGACUCAUGUCAGGAAUGUGGCCUUGGAUUUUACCGUGAGAAUAAAGGGUUAUUUACUGGACGCUGUGUCCCCUGCAACUGCAAUGGAAAUUCAAAUAGGUGCCAAGAUGGUACUGGAAAAUGUAUUAACUGUCAGUAUAAUACUGCUGGUGAGAAAUGUGAGCGCUGUAAAAAUGGUUAUUUUGGAGAUGCCACUCAAGGUUCCUGCCGGGUGUGUCCUUGCCCUUAUACAAACAGCUUUGCAACUGGCUGCGUGGCAAAUGGCGAGGAGAUUCAGUGUCUCUGCAAAGAAGGCUAUACUGGAAUUCGCUGUGAACGCUGUGCUCCAGGAUAUUUUGGAAAUCCACAAAAAUAUGGAGACUACUGUCAGAAAUGUAAUUGUAAUAAUAAUGGACAGCUGGCUAGCUGUGACCAUCUGACUGGAGAAUGUUUCAAUAACGAACCAAAAGAUGUGGAUCCCAAUGUUGAUUGUGAUGCUUGUGAUAGCUGCGUAAUUACGCUGCUGAAGGAUUUGAGCACGAUAGGAGAUGAGCUUCAGCUGAUUAAAUCUCAGCUGCAAAACGUCCAUGCGGGUACCCACACGUUGGAGCAGAUGAGACGUCUGGAAACACGCAUCAAGGACUUAAAGGUCUUAUUGAACAAUUACCGUUCUGUUGUUCAGAAUCAGGGUUCAAAGGCAGAUGAGUUGGAGGCAGAAUUCGUUAACCUAAAUCACGAUGUAAAUGCUCUUCAGGAAAAGGCUGAAAUGAACUACAAAGCAGCUGAGAUAUUAUUCAAUAAUUUUGGCCAAACUCAUCAGAAAGGAAAGGAUUUGGUUUCACGAAUACAAAUAGUUGUCAACAAUAUACAAGUGCUCGUGGAACAAAUGGCUAUUACAAAUGCAGAAGGUAACAACUUGCCCUUGGGAGACGCUGCCAAAGAACUGGCUGAAGCUCAGCGCAUGAUGACGGAGAUGCGAAACCGCAACUUUGGCAGACUUCAAGCAGAGGCAGAGAAGGAGAGAACAGAAGCUCAGCUGCUACUGGAACGUAUUAAGGCUGAACUACAAAAAUACCACCAAGAAAAUAAUGGGCUUAUUAAAAUUGUGAGGGAUUCAUUGAACGAAUAUGAAUCCAAAAUCACUGACCUUCGUGAAGCUCUUAAUGAGGCGACGGGACAAAUCAAGCAGGCUGAAAACUUAAACAGAGAUAAUGGAGUCCUCUUGGAAGACGUUAAGAAACGGAUUGAGGAGACAACUGUACAACAGAAUGGUAUCUUGGAUAUCCUGAGUUCUGCCCGCUAAGCUAACAGCGUAAUCAGAUUAUUGCAGAAGAGCAAAGAGGAAUAUGAAAGCCUGGCUGCUCAGCUGGAUGGAGCAAGGAAGGAUAUGAACGAAAAGCUGACAAAUCACUCCUUAUCAGCAAGCAAAGAACCGUUGGUGGUGAGGGCUGAGGAGCAUGCCAAAUCUUUGCAAGACCUGGCAAAACAACUGGAAGAAAUAAAGAACAGUGCCAGGAAGGAUGAGUUAGUGGGCUGUGCUGUGGAAGCUUCUACUGCCUAUGACAAUAUUAUUAAUGCCAUCAAAGCAGCAGAGGAAGCAGCCAACAAAGCUGGGAAUGCAGCUGAAUCAGCUUUAUCGACUGUGAAGAGAGAAGACCUAUCAGGAAAAGCUUCAAGGUUAAAAACUGAGAGCAGUACACUCCUGAAUCAAGCACAAGAGACUGAAAGGACCUUGCAAGCUAUUGGUCCAACCCUUGAAGACAUAAAGCAAAGACUUGAUGUCACUGAUAGAAAGAAGAACACGCUGCAGGUUGAUCUUGUCACUCUUCAAAAUAAUCUCAACGGGAUAAACAGAGAUGACAUUGACAGCAUCAUCACCAGUGCAAAGGACAUGGUAAAAAGUGCCAAGGACGUCACGACUAAUGUAUUGGAUGAACUGUUGCCAAUUAAACUAGACGUGGAAAAAAUGAAGAGUACCUAUGGAAGCACACAGAGCGCUGGCUUCAGUAAAGCACUGAUGGAGGCAAACAAUUCAG